AUGCUAUUUCUGAUUUUGCCUAACUUAUCACAAGAAUUAACACUCUCUUCAAAAUGUAUUUCUGAACUUAAAGAAUUUUUGACUAAUAUAGAUAAAGUUGAAAAUGCGAAUGGAGAAAUUUUGGCAUGUUUAUCAAAAUUUCAAGAUCAUGCUGUUCAAGUUAAGCAGAUAUGUAAAUUAAAUGAUAAACAAUUUGAAUUA